AUGUCAUCUCAUUAUCAACUCCAUUCGGUUUCGGUCCGGGCUGACCGAAAGAGUCUCUUCUACUUGGCAAAACUGUCCCGAAAUGCCGUUCGUGUGCUCAACACAGAUCGCCUCUCUUGCCCUCGUCACUCUCAAAUUUUUCUUUUUCACUAUGCUUCUUCCUCCUUUUAUCCCUUUAUCCCAUUCCGCAUCUCUUUGUUCGUCUCUGACCGCCUCUGCUCUUCACAUUUCAUAUACCCUUCUCUCUCUUCUUCUCUCCCUUCCAGAUGCGCCAGGUCUGGGCAAUACGUCUUUCUCAGAUGCGGCGAUUGCCGUGACGGACUCGAAAGAACUGAUGACGACAGCCCCGAGACAAGUUCUGGCAUAAAUAUUGUUGCCGUGCCUGACGCUUCAGUCCGCUCCGACCCAGGCUCGGCUGACAACAGGUUAAAGCAGAGACAGAGUACAUCUCGACCAAUCAGCAUAGAGGGGUCGGGAAACUCUGGCCGGCCUCUCAACGCGACGAGGCUGACUCAGCGACGAGCACACCGGACGGUCACACUCGAGGGUCAAGACAGACGCGACGGACAGGAGAGCGAUAGAAGCGAUGCCAUGAGAUUGCCGGAGAUUUGGGGCGGGAUCCGCUUCAUGUCACCUGACCUGGAGCAGACGAGCGACAGUCCAGUCGAGGAGCAGUCGAUCCUGGAACACGUUCAGAUCCGUCAUGCAGGCCUGCUCCACAUGGAGAGAAUGCCUGCCAUCUCAACCGUUUUCCGAUAUCCAAGAAUGACAAAUCUAAUGAUAUCCGACUGCCUCGGAAAUGCCAUAGACAUAGUUGUGCCUCAAGGAUAUUUGCAAUUGGCCAAUUCUACAGUCCGCAAUUGUUUGGGCUACGCCUUCGGCAUGGCCAUUUUAAACGGGGAUUCUACGGAUCCAAUAACAACGGGUUCAAUCGUCUCACAGGUAAACUUUGUAUGUCAUGCGCAUGCCUACACUGCAUUCCAGUUGGGGCCAGCUACUGCUGCUAUUAUAAACAUCUACAUUGAUCUAGUUGUCAGGGCGACUAUGUAG